GGAGGGUGUGAGAGGACAUAUGGUAACAGGAUUACCUCACCUGUGCAGAUCAAAGGGUAUACAUACUUACCUGUGUACUUACCUUGUAUGCUUACAUACAUGAUCAGGCCGGCUGCAUAACACCCAGGGAGAUUUAUAUCGGCAGCACCAUGCUCACCGUGUCUCCGGGCAGUGAUGAAGUGACAGCAUUGUUGCAGACGUGUGUAUUGUAGAGCAGACGCCACUCUGGUGGAGCAGACGACAGUCAAUACUUUCCCUCUCACCGAUCUCAGGGCAGACGGACAGUUGGGGGAUUAUGUCAGUGAGACUUUCCCCAGACGUCCAGGUGGACUUGACUUGAGAAACUUAACAAUGAUGGAUUGGCAGAAAGAUGCUUGUGAUCGGCUACCAUGGAGUGGGAGCGGCUCAGUCUGUGUACAAUGUCAGGAGUGAGCUGUGUGUGGGGUGCUGUGUGUCGAGGAUUCAUGGAAUAAUGUUUUGAAGAUGUAUCAGAGUUGGAAGAAUGUGCUGCUCCUUCCUGGAGGACAAGUAGAUCUGAAGGACAAAUUUCUAAUUUCUAUGAUUGAGGAUUGAAGUGAUCCUGCAAGAUGUGUUUUCGUUGUUUCUUGCUUGCAUGAAGCACUGUCAACACUAUGUGUUUCUUGGAGGAGGAAGUCUGAAGAAGAAAUUCUAGUGCUCUGUUCUGAUGAAGUUUCAUAUUUGGAACAAAACAUUUUCCAUAUGUGAAUGCCUUGGAUUCCAAGUGGAAGGGGGUUCUUGUGAUUCAUGACUGUUGAUUGUUGGGUUUGCUCAUGAACUAUUGUGUUUGUGACUGACACGACUUUAUCUCAAACAUGAGGAAAUGUGGAGCUGUGUUCGGAUAUUUCAAUAUCAAACAUCUUAAAAGAAUCUGAAGGGAAUGUGAUACAUCUCUUUAUCAUUUGCCUUGGUCUCUAGUGUAGACCUGAACACAGUGUAAAUAUUCUGGCUUCCUCUUGGGGGAAUGGAAGAAGAAAACUUGAAGCGGCUUCAGUGUGUAUUCUUUGCUGACUGAAGGUUCUGGAAUAAACUUUGAAUGCACAGUAUGCAUGGUGCCUGAAGCUGGAGCUGUUUGAGCAAGUUCUGGGGUGUCCACUAUGAGAAUUAUUCCAACAAAUAUGGGUGAUAAAGAUAAAGAUGGACGCUGUGAGAGAAAUGAAAAUAUUAAUUUGUGCCGGUAGUGGAAUGUUCUUGACAUUUUUUUCUUGUGGAUAUCAGAUGUUAGACUUUACUUCCAGACCCAGUUUCUAACAUCUGAGUGUUCGAUGGAGGUUCUGAAAUGUCGAUUUGAUUAAUUGUGAUUCUGGCGUAAGAUUGUCUACGCCUUCUGUUGAGAUGGAUUUUCGCUGCUUUUUCUGAAACUGUUUUCCAAGCUUUGUGAGUAUAGGAUUGUGAACACUUGGUCUUGAAUCCAUGACACUCAACUUGAUAAACCUCUACAUGACGAUGGAGAGAUACACUCGAACUUCAAGCAGCCGCUGUGCUUCGGGACGGUCCAUCCUUCUCGACAUUGAUGACGCUCUCGAACGUUUGUCAAACCACUCAAGCCCCAUCAACAGAAUGCAUGUGACUGUGAAACGUAGCAGCACUGCCAUACCCGAGAUGGCUCCAAACUCUGUGUACAGUCAGUUGGGAGUUAUCUCCCCCUUCCCAGUCAGGGGGCUUCCUCUACCAGUGCUACAGGGGAAGUUCGUAAGCAGUAAGAGUAAAACGCUGAGUGCUAUGAACCAUGUGACCCCGGGUCGGCUCCAGCGGAGUAAGACGAUUCUCUCCACCCCGUGUCGGCACUGUGUCGCCUGCACAGUCAAACAUUUACGCAAUUUUAACAAGCUCCAGUCCGGUGUGGGGAUCCGUAUUGAGGAUGGGAUGGUAUAUGGGAUGAAGAGGUCCAAGUCUGAUCUUCACCUCUACGAUGACUCCAUGCGACCUGGCACUAUGUCGCUGUUGACAGGGGAGAGAGCCCCAGUGUUCAUGAUGGGAGCUCAGGAACCCAGAGAAGAUGUAGUUGGGGGCAACAAAGAGGAGGUUUUGUUACCAAUGGCAACACUCACAAAGAAAGGUCUCAUCAAGUUAACCUCCCUGGACCAGGAGCUGCCAGAUCAAGAAUUUAUGUCUAUGAAGAAACAUGAAACUGCACCGAAGAAGACUGCACAGAAGGGACUGAUCAAGCGCAAGGACAUGCGAGAUCAAAUACGGGCAGGGGCACAGAUGUUGGAGGAGGAGAGGAGGAAGACCCAGGACGAGGAGGAGGAUGACGGGGAGGUGCGUUUGGAGGACUACACCAUUGGGGACCUGCAGACAGCUCUUGACAUGGUGCAGGAGAAUCCUGACUCCCCUGUGCUGCUGGAUGUGGAGGAGGAGAGAAGUGAGGGCGGCGGCCAGGGCCGGUCCCCCAAACCUCCCAAGCAGCCUCUCGUCACGGAGAGCAUCAAGCAGCAGACAUUCCAACUCCCCAUCCUCGGCAAGAAAUGAUCCUUACCACAGGGACAUCUCAAAGCUUGGCCAGCUACCUCUGUGUUUGUUUGAGGAUAGCAGUUAAUGCUACUGAACAUUUGAACUGCUGGUGCGGUGUCUUCCACAGGACUGACUACCUUGUGAGAUCUCAAUUGCUUUUUGAUGGAUGAAGAUCCUGAGUGUAGAAUCAUUCAAAAGGGGCAUCUUGAAGUAGAUACUACUUGUUGAAGACAUUGAGUAUGUGGAGGAGAGACUUGCCUGCAUUUCUAUGAAUAUCAUAUUCUAUACUUACCAUUUUUUUUCCAGUUUCAGGCUAAACGUUGAAUUCAUUUUCACAGUAAUAACACGUACAUCAUGUACAACUUGUCAUUUCAUGAAGGGUUUCAAAUAUGUCACUAAAAUUUGAAAAAUUAUGUUUUUGUAAGAACAUUGUCUCAGUACAUUGAAUGAACUUUGAUCUCUUUUUUAAGUUUAUGUAAAUGUGCUGAUAUUUAUUUAUUCAUACAUGUAUGUCUGGUUUUUGUGUGUUUUGUAAUAAUUAAUAUCCAGUAACCAUGGUGACAGGUGCUACUUGUGUGCAAUUUGUAGAUAGUCGUCUUGAAGAAGUACAGUCCGUUCAGUGUGUUAUCAAAGUUGAAUUCCAGCUGGCUUUAUUGUAUAAUUUAUCUUCAGAUUUUGUUUUCCUGUUUAUAGCUUUGUAUUCCUUGUUGGUUAAGGUUUUGUUAAUAUUCUUCCAUUGUAAUGGAUACUUUACAGACAAGAGUUAUGUCCCUUAGAGUAUCCAACAUGUCAGCCAUUGUUAAUUUCUUAGGUUUGGUUUUGCUGAGUUUGUUUCUUUUCAAUUUAUUAAAUGAUGGGAUCAAUAUUUGUAAAAAUAUCUUGUUAAACAGCUCAAAUAGUUAAAACAUGAGACUUGCAGUACAAUCAACCUAUAUGAUAUAAAUACUAGCAUACUGUAUUCUACAUAAUUAACGUCAUGUGUCAAUUAUGGAUUCCCACUGCAUAUUUGUAACUUAAAAUUUCCUCUAAAAUGUUAACAGGUACAGAAUUCAUUUCUGUUUGUAUUUUCUGCUAGCGUGUAUACAGUAGUACUUUAUUUGUAAGCUUAACCUGUCCGUGAUGAAGUGGAGGUGUUUAGCUUGAAUAAUUACCCAGCCUUGAGAACUUGGUCCUUGGUGGUUGAUUAUACCAGCCAUACAGUAUCUGAAUAGAUUGAGAGGUUCACAUUUGUCAGUAGAAUGUGCUGCUGAGUAAUAAGUUGUAAAAUUUCUUGUUGAUAUUUUGAACACUAUUUUUAAUAUAACCAGAGACCAUGUCGGUAUAUGGUUUCUGAUAUAACUCAAAGGAUAUUGUCCUAAAAUGAAAUUGAUGUUGACAGAAUACUUUGUUGUAUAUAUGAUAAACAUAUUCAUGGAUGCUUGCCAUGUUAUUCAUCAAGAUGUUCAUGUCAUAUGUCUGGCUAUUGAGGAUGUAUUUAAUUAUUGCUGUGUUGGUAAUUGUGUGAUCAUCAUGUUAUUGUGAUUAUAGUACCAGUAUUUGCUUGUCUUGUGUGAACUAUUACCAAUGUACAUCCAGAUAAUGUAUUUAUUACCUUGUGUCAUUGAAUGGGAAAGGAUUAAAUAUCAAAGCUACAACAAAAUAU